UUUCCAACGAUAACCAUCAACAACGAACCCCCUUUUUACAUAUACAACUUGGUAGCUGCCCACCCGAACAAGACUUCUCAAGAGCAAAAGGUAGAAAAGAAACAAGAACCAUGGCAGCGGCCCGCCUCCGCAAAACAUUCCAAUACCCCAGCGAAUCCGACACCGAAGAUGCCGUGGAAGAAGGCAUGGACGAACAAGAUCAAGAAACUAUCCUCACAACCCUCUCCAACAAAGACACAUCCUCAACCCGCCUCUACACCCUCCUCCUCCUGAUCCUCCCCCUCAUUCCCGCCGCUCUAUACAUACCGCGCAUCUUCACGCUCUCGCCCGCGCUAUUCAUAGAGAGCGUCGCAUCACUAGCGAGUCUGCUCUUCAGCGCCUAUGCACUAUACUUCCUACCACUCCCACCCAUCCGCGUCAGCGUUCACGAUUCCUCGGAGAUCGGGAAGAAAGGAGCUGCAAGCGACAAGGGGAAAUCUAUCUCUAGGGGUGCAGAUGGGUCGAAAACGGGGGGACCCGCGAGAGCGAGAAGAGAUGCUGUGCCGUUCAUCUCCGAGGAAGUGGCUGUUUUGUUGGAGAAGUACAUCGUUCCUGUGAAUGCUGCGAUUUGCGUGUUUCUGGGAUUGAUUGAAUUGGGGAAAGGGCAAACGUGGGGUGAAGGGAUGUUGAUUGGGGGUGGCUAUGUUCCUGGGUUCGUGCUGGCUGUGGUGAUGUUUGCGCGGAGGGAGCUACGUGUUGUCGACCUGGGCGAACUGGAGAAGUUGAGGUAUGGGACGCGGGGUGGAGCAGUAAGCAGAUGA